AUGCAUAACCAAAUUCACGAAGUUAAUGCAGUUAACACUAACUAUAAUGUUGAUAACUGUUCUAAGGUCUUUAUAAACUGUAAAGAAGAACCUCAAUCGCUUGAAGAAAUUUCAAAUCAUGUUAUAUCAAAUCAACAAAAUUGCAAGAUAUGUAAUGAGUGCUUUUCUAACGAUUUGGUUUUAGCAGCACAUAUGGCCGAACAUAAUAAAGGUCUAAAUAGAUUUUAUUGUCCGUAUUGUAAUUAUAAAACUAACGGCAUAAAAUAUUUGCGCACCCACUUAUUUGGUGUACAUUAUAAAGUUAAAGUGAGCGAAGAAAUUGAAAAUGGUAGUAAUCUGAUAGAAAAGAAAGCGAAACUUGAUUUAUACACGAAUUGUUUUGAAUGUACAGUAUGUCAUAAGAGAUAUCCUUUGAGAAAACAACUGUAUCUACAUAAUCGGGUACAUAAGGUAGAAGAAAAAGAAGCGGGGUAUACAGAAUCUAUUCCUCCUGGUUCUUUCACCUGUAAUUAUUGCAACGUUCAAUGCAAUACGCGUGAAAUAGCAGAUGAUCACAUUAAAUCUCACCAAGAAACAUGUCAGAAAUGCAACCUGUCCUUUCCUAACGCCUUAAUUUUAGGCAUACACAUGGCUGACCAUUACCAAGACGACACUUUUCAUUGUAUCCACUGCAAUUACAAAACUGUCUUUGCGCCAUACUUGAAAAGCCACAUAUUCGGUAGCCAUUACAAAAAGAAAUCAUUCAAGUGUCACUCGUGCUAUGCUACGUAUUGUUCUAAACGUCAAUUGAACGAACAUGUUCGAUUUUAUCACGAUCAUAUGGACCCAUAUGCUUGUGUAGUUUGCGAAAGAAAGUUCACCGUAAAAACCAGUCUUCAAAAACAUCAAGUUAAGAAACACAGACCUUUAGUAGAUGGCAUCAUACCUUAA